AUGCUACACUCCAAAAUGGACAUGACAAGAAUCGCUAGCGGUAGCCUCUUGCGUGCAUGCAGCGUACACAUUGGUGAAAAGGUAUCUGUUACCUCCGCAGGGCUGGCUGGCGCAACCGGGUUAGUGUACAGCUACUGAUCGUAGCGCUUGUAUUAGGCGGCCCGUUCCCAUAGCAUACACGUGCAAUUGAAGGUGGCUGCCUGGUGGAUGCUUGAAGGCUUACUGUGUGGGCCAUAGGGUAACCGUCAGAACGGUUGGGGCUUCGCUGACAGAUAUCGUCUUUCCAACGAUACAAUGACCGCAAUGUGUCGGAAUUGACGUGCACGCUGACCCCGCCCAAGCACAUGGAAGACUCGUUCCUGCUUCCAUGUACGACACGGGCUGUGCCGCACAUGCGGAUGGUCGGGUAACGUUGAGGUGCAAUCUAGUCUUGAUCCUUCACCUCUUAGCGGUCGUAGGUUCUUCCUCUUGGUCGAGAGUCUGUGGGGCAUGCGAACGAGUCUCGCAAGGGAAGACAUGCAGGAUCGGAUCCCCAGCAACGCAGGACUGUUGGGUCAUCGAAGCCGCGCAAUUGCACCAAAUGGUUAGUCCGUAUGCGAAUCCUUGCAAGCGAAGCGCGUGCGCUUGCUCGAUACCCACAUUGACACAGUCUCGCGAACGCCGAACACUCGAUCUUGCACGUCGAUCGGUUCCUGCCGCGUCGUAUAGUCUGGGGCUCCCCACCGACAAUUGCAAACCACGGCACCUUGUCUUAUGUUUUUGUUACGCUGGAAGAUCUAGGUGGAGCAGACACCCGGAAUUGUCUCCAAUGCAUAGCUGCAUGGUAGAGUUUUGGUGACUUUACGUGCUACAAAAGCGCCAUUUAAUCGCUCCGAAAGACAUAGCCGCUAAAUCACUCUAGCGUUUAC